AUGAAAGAAGAGGAUACUUGGCAGCUUUGCAGCAUGAAUCUGAGUCACACUUGUACACAGGCACACAGGGUGGGGAUUAUGCACUCGAGAUGGCUUGGCAAGGGAUUCAAGAAGAAGGUCAGUUCAAAUCCGAAGGUGAAGAUUAGGGAGUUAGUGUCAAAGGCUCAAAAGAAGUGGAACUUGACAGUCACCAAGUCAAUGGCAACGAGGACCAAGCAGAUUGCCCUAGAUGAAAUCCAGGGAACCUUCCGAGAGCAGUAUAAGAGGAUAUAUGACUAUGCACAUGAGGUGAUGCGGGCAAAUCCAGGGUCAUCCGUUCGCAUACAGACACCCCAGGGGGGACAAUUGCUCACUGCCAUUGGUUGGGAUCCAAAUGACCAGAUGCUGCCCCUUGCAUAUGCAGUUGUAGAGGCCGAGACGAAGGACUCAUGGAGUUGGUUCCUACAUCAUCUGGCAUCUGACAUUGGUAUUGAGAAAAUGGGAAGAACUACUUUCAUGUCUGACCAGCAGAAAGGUUUGUUGCCAGCAUACGAUGAAGUUAUACCAAGUGUGGAGAAUCGAUUCUGUGUGAGGCACCUGUACAGCAAUUUCAGAAAACGGUUCCCAGGGUUACAAUUGAAGCAACUAAUGUGGAGGUGUGCUAAGGCAACUCACUGGAGGGACUGGGAGAGGAACAUGGCUGAACUGAAAGCUGUUAAUCAGGAAGCAUAUAGGUACCUAAAUGCUAUCCCUCCUAGGUAUUGGUCUAGAUCUAGAUUUACCUAUAAUUCUAAAGUAGAUACACUGGUAAACAAUAUGUCUGAAAGAUUUAAUGCUGCCAUAGUUGAUGCUAGAGAGAAACCUAUACUUACAAUGUUAGAGGAUAUCAGGGUUAAACUAAUGACUAGGUGGGCAGAGAAUAGGGAUCUGGCUCAGAACUAUGCAGGGACAAUCUUACCUAGGAUUAGAAUCAAGUUGGAGAGGAGGUCUAGAUCUGCCGGAGAAUGGCGGCCAUAUUGGUCUGCAGCUCAAAAAUAUGAGGUUGUGAGUGGGUUAGAUAAGUUUACUGUUGACUUAGGAUCCUUUGAGUGCUCAUGUAGAAGGUGGCAGUUGAGUGGUAUACCCUGUGUCCAUGCGAUUAGCUGCAUCAAGUUCAAGGGAUUUGGCUUGGAACCUUAUGUGGCCGAUUGCUACAAGAUAGAAACAUACCUGAAGUGCUAUGAAGCAGCCCAAAAUUCCAAGGAUGUAAGCAAAGGCAAGCAAUCCAGGGGCAGCAACAAGUCAAACCCUCUUGUUGCUAAGGGAGGAAAGAAAACUGCAUCUACACAGCCCACUCCUAAGCUCACUGUCAACAGAAAAGUUACCUCAGCAACACAGCCACCAACUUCAGCCCAGUCCAACACUGUAGCACAGCUAAAGAGGCCUAGAGGCAGGCCCAAGGGGACCACCAAGCCCACAUCUUCAGCCCAACAUGAUCCACCACCCAAGACAACUGCAAGCCCAAAAACCUCAGCACCUUCUGCAUCCUCAUCACAGCCAACCACCACAACUCUUCCAGCAUCUCAGCCAUCCAUUGCCACAGCUUCAAACCAACCCACUGGGCACUUCUCUGUCAGCCUUACUGGAGGACCUCAUGUUUCUCCCAGAAAAUUGAAGUUAAUGGCAAAGUUGCCUCCAAGAAAAUGGGGAUUGCUUUAG